AAUUAAGGCUCCGUCUUAUCAUCUCAAAUCACAAAAGUCUCUUUCUCUCCGCCCCCUUUUAGAUUAAAAAAGAAAUGUCUGCAGAAGUAGAGUACCGGUGUUUCGUGGGAGGCCUAGCAUGGGCCACGGGAGAUGAUGAGCUAUCAAGGACCUUCUCACAGUUCGGCGAAGUUAUCGAUGCUAAGAUCAUUAACGAUCGUGAGACUGGAAGGUCAAGGGGAUUCGGAUUCGUGACCUUCAAGGAUGAGAAGGCCAUGAGAGAUGCCAUUGAGGAGAUGAACGGUAAGGAGCUUGAUGGCCGUACCAUCACCGUCAACGAGGCUCAGUCUAGAGGAAGCGGCGGUGGUGGUGGCCGCGGUGGAGGCGGAUACGGUGGUGGUGGUGGUCGUGGCUACGGGGGAGGCGGUGGUGGAUAUGGUGAGAGACGUAGCGGAGGUUACGGAUCUGGUGGAGGCGGCCGUGGUGGCGGCGGUUACGGUGGAGGUGGAGGAUACGGUGGUGGUGGCAGACGUGAUGGAGGUGGCUACGGAGGUGGUGAUGGUGGUUACGGAGGAAGCGGAGGCGGCGGUGGUGGCUGGUAAUCAACGAUGAAGUCGUGAUUGUCUGCUGCUCUGUUUCCGGUUUAGAUUUGGUUUCUUUUUAUAAUGUUUGUCCGGUUUGGAUUUGGUUUACUUUUUUGUUGUAACGGAUCGUUGAAGUCUUGUUUGCCUAAAACGAAAUGUUAAUUCGCAUCUUGUUCACUAAAUCACAAGUUUCCUUUGAUUUUAUAUUUCCCCUUCGCAUAUUAUUACCCAUUUAUAAGUUUAGGCUUAUGUUAUUAAAUUUAAACUAGAUGAGUGUUAAGUCGGCCGGUCAACAUUAAUGCGUCGUCGUAAUAGAUAAGGUGUGAUUUGAAUUGUUUUCGAUUUUUUCCAGAUCUCAUCUCUUUGAUUGU